UAGAGGCAGCCCACCGCAGUGUGGUGUGUAUAAAGGUAGCUCAGCUGCUGCUGGAGAAUCAGAAAACUCGAAGUCCUCCAGAGAGAAGCAACAGUCGCUCGACACUGCUCAGCCUAACCUUCAUACCGAAGCUAAAUUCUAGCUUUCACUCGACACGAUCAAGAGGAACUGGAUUCAAAGACUACACAACGAGAUCAACUUGAUCAAAUCUGAAGAGGAGACUGCAUUUUUUUAAAAGAGAUUGGAAAGAAGUGGUCAUCAUGUUUUCUGGAAUGAAUCGAAGAGUGCUUGCUUUGCUGUGCCUGACUUUCUGUGGAUGGGCUACGGCUCAGGAGUGCAGUGGACAAUGCCAAUGUCCUGAUGUACCACCCCAGUGUUCGCCCGGUGUGAGCCUGGUGCCGGACACUUGUGGGUGCUGCCGGGUGUGUGCCAAGCAACUGGGCGAACUUUGCACAGAGCGAGACGUUUGUGACCCCCACAAAGGCCUUUACUGUGACUACGGCUCCCCAAGCAACCGUCGUAUUGGAGUCUGCACAGCAAGAGAAGGUGCCACUUGCGUGUUCAGUGGAAUGGUGUAUCGCAGCGGAGAGUCCUUCCAGAGCAGUUGUAAAUACCAGUGCACGUGUCUAGACGGCGCUGUAGGUUGCGUGCCCCUGUGUGGAAUGGAUAUUAGGCUCCCCAGCCCUGACUGCCCGAUGCCCCGCAGGGUGAAGGUCCCAGGGAAGUGCUGUGAGGAGUGGGUGUGUGACUCCCCUCAACAGAAUACCUUUGUGGGACCAGCUUUGGCAGCUUACAGAGAGGAGGAGACAUACGGGCCCGAUCCCUCCAUGAUGAGAGAGAACUGCCUGGUUCAGACCACAGAAUGGAGUGCAUGCUCAAAGACCUGCGGCUUGGGAAUCUCUACUCGUGUCACCAAUGACAACCGCGAGUGCCGUCUUGAGAAGCAGUCCCGCCUCUGUAUGGUUCGCCCCUGCGAUUCACACCUAGAGGAGAAAAUCAGGAAAGGGAAGAAGUGUAUCCGCACACCACGAGUCUCAAAACCCAUGAAGUUUGAGAUUUCUGGCUGCACCACCACCAAGUCUUACCGGCCCAAGUUCUGUGGCGUUUGCACGGAUGGACGCUGCUGCACACCUCACAGAACCGCCACCUUGCCCAUGGAGUUCAAGUGCCCAGACGGCCAAGUCAUGAAGAAGCAGAUGAUGUUCAUCAAGACCUGCGCAUGCCACUACAACUGCCCCGGGGAGAACGACGUCUUUGAGUCCAUGUAUUACAAGAAGAUGGUCGGUGACAUGGCGUAAGGAGACAGUGACAGCAACGCCGAGGAGUUCCAUGCAGUGACUGUCCACUUGAAUCUAGCAGAUAUCCAUCUCAUAUCUCAGCACAAAGUAAUUGUUUGUCUUUUUAUGGUUUUUUGCUUUCAUUUUACGUUUUUUUUUUUUUAGUGUAUGUAUUUUGUACAAGGACUACAUUUGUCAUGGUGGAUGUCUAAGAUUAGGGGGUGGGGAUUGUAAAAUGACCGGGCUCUGUUCGGACGCCCCAUAAAAAACAUUACUGCACUAAUAGUCCGACUCUGUGACGCCCAAUGUCAAUGAUUGGCAGAUGAUGCCAAGCCCCUCCCCUUGAAGCUAAUCGCCUCACCAAGCCGAUAGAAGGCAGAAGAAAGAGACAGAGAAACUGAUGUGCUCUUAUAUUUAGUUGAUUUUGUCAGCUCAGAUUUUGAUUGAGCUGAAACAAGACAUGAAGUUUGGCCAAGAACUAUGAAGGUUAAUAUAGCACUGAGUGUUUGACUUCGACUGUCUGGCCCCUCCUGAUGGGAGAGCGUCAGUACCCCUGUCAAAAAGACUGGAUGAAUUGUAGCUUCAUUCUAUUUUUAUUACAGUAUCUAUUUUUUGAAAGCUGUAAAUAAUGUACAUAUUUUGUACAUCUUAAGUUAAUUUAAAUUCAAAGCAUUUGAUGUCUUGCUUAUUUUCUUGCUUCACCAAGUUUAAAUAAUAGCUCCAUGUGCUGACUUGACUGUUCUUCUUACAGUUUGUCCAAUAUUUUAUUGAGAAGUGUGACCAAAAAGUUACGUUUUCACUUUUGUAGUUAUAAAUAAAAUAUUAUAUUUUUAUAUAAA